CUGGUCCAGAAGAGCCAAGAUGGCCGACUUUGAGGAACAACUCACUGAUGAGGAAAAGGUGCGUGUAGCUGCCAAUUUCGUCCUCCACGCUCCUCCAGGAGAGUUUAACGAAGUCUUCAAUGACGUGCGGCUACUGCUCAACAAUGACAAUCUUCUCAGGGAGGGGGCGGCGCAUGCCUUUGCCCAGUACAACAUGGAUCAAUUCACCGCUGCCAAACUUGAAGGAUAUGAGGAUCCGGUCUUGAUCACAGAGCACGGGGACUUGGGCCAUGGGCGCUUCUUUGACCCCCGGAACAAGGUGUCCUUCAAGUUCGACCACCUGAGGAAAGAAGCCAGCGACCCGCAGCCUCAUGAGGGUGAGGCAGCCCUACGGCCCUGGAGGGAGGCCUGUGACCAGGCUCUGAAGGCAUACGUCAAAGAGCACUACCCCAGUGGCAUGUGCACGGUCUACGGGAAGACCAUUGAUGGGCAGCAAACCAUCAUUGCCUGCAUUGAGGGUCAUCAGUUUCAACCCAAAAAUUUCUGGAACGGCCGCUGCAGGUCUGAGUGGAAGUUCACCAUCGGCCAGUCCUCCACUGAGGUGGUGGGAGUCCUCAAGAUUCAGGUGCAUUACUAUGAAGACGGCAACGUCCAGCUGGUCAGCCAUAAGGAUGUGCAGGAGUCAAUGACAGUGUCUAAUGAGACUCAGACUGCUAAGGAGUUUGUGAAAAUCAUUGAAAAUGCAGAAAAUGAGUACCAGACGGCAAUCAGUGAGAACUACCAGACCAUGUCGGACACCACCUUCAAAGCCUUACGCCGGCAGCUACCCGUCACCCGCACCAAGAUCGACUGGAACAAGAUCCUCAGCUACAAGAUUGGCAAGGAAAUGCAGAACGCCUAGAUGGGCGUGCACGUGCCCGCUGGCAUUCCAGACAUGCGCACAGGCAAAACGAGAGAGAAGAGCAAAGGAGAAACUACAGGAGACUGAGCAGAGUAGAAGGUGCGGUUUGCAGGAGUAUGGUCCCGUGUGUUUAUUUUUCUGUUGAUAUUUCUAAGAAGCCAAGGUUUGAAUUUUUUUUUUUUUUUUUCUUCGAGAAAGGAUGACUUCGCCUUCCUCGGCCUACCAGAAAGGUAGCCCGCCGCUUUAAUGGGUCAAGCGCUUCAGCUAAGCUGCGGCUCUUGUCACGAUUCGAACAAAUCUCUGCAGUUGAUGCCAUGGCAGUUUAACCGGUCUCUCCUUCAGUGUUCAUCAUUUGGUUCUUGUUUCCACAGCUUUUAAGAAAAUGUUUUCUUCUUUUCCAACUUUCCUUGCAACCUGCUCUCAGCCCACGUUCCAUAGGCUGGUGAGACGUAGGUGCCACAGGUAGCAGUCAGUCGGCAUCUGCAUGUUCAGCAGGCCCUUAGCUCUUCCACAAGGCAGCGCUUUUCUCCUCACAGUUUAAGGCAUGCUAUGCCCCAGCCUGUCCGCACCUGCAUAACACUUGCACACGACACACACGUCACCUCGUACUUGUAAAGUGAGUUCCCCCUCAAAAGUUAAAAAAAAAAUCUGUUAAGCAAAUUUUGUCCUCAUCAAGCUCUUUCCCAUGGUAAAGAUCUCCAUAAUCGAGUUGCGUGACAUGCUAAACGUAUAUAUGUAUAUGUAUACAGAUUUUUAUAUAUGAUUAUGCAUUGUUUUGGUUUAUUCAAGUCUUAAAGUGGCAUCCCCUAGCAUAGUGUCUUGUGCUUCUUUUGACACUCCUUGUCCAAAUAUGCUAUUGUAUCGCAAUCCACAAAAACAAGUUCUUCUUCCAGGCAUCUGCACAUUACCAAGAGCUGGUCCCCUCUGUCUAUGCUCGCCAGCUGUGUUGCAGUGUUACUGUGCUCCCUGCCUGCUGCCCCCUUCUGGUGUAAAGUAUAAGUGCAAAUAAUAAAGAGGGUCAAUCAAGUCAUCCAGUUUCUGUAAAUGUCCAGUCUCCUUCCCUGGCUGUUGUUGCUCUUUUUUUUCCUUUUUUACAAAAUGUAAGAGCAAACAUGUAUAAUUCAAAAGGAAUAAAGGA